AUGGCCAGUCCUCAAAGAAUUAUCGAAUUACAGAAAAUAUUCCAAAAAUCUACCAAACCACUAUGGAUGAGACAUCCUAGAUCUGCUUUCUAUUUGUAUCCAUUCUGGGGUUUAUUUACUGUUGCAGUCGUUGCCCCAUGUCUAUAUAUCCCUAACGCUAUCUUAGGUAUUAAACCAAAGAGAGCCGAAUAA